AUGGAACUAAACAUUGAAUUGCUAAAAAAAGAGACAGAAGAAAAUCUCAAUCGCAAUAAGUAUCUUUUAUUAAUGCUCUUAGGCUCUGGAAUAUUUGGAUUAUUCUUAUUUAUUCAGCUUGCCCCACCUUUAACAGAGUCUGAAAGAGCAAUUAUCUACCGACUUCCAUGGACCCCACAGGAAAUCCUGGAAUUGAGCCAAGUCUUGUCAAAAUAUACAGUCACAAGCUAUUGGUACGUUUUUUCGUUAUUCUGCUUUUUCUACCUCUUUCUACAAAGCUUUGCAAUCCCUGGGCCAAUUGUCCUAAGUUUAAUUUCAGGUACUUUAUUUGGUCGCUGGACUGGGCUACUUAUUGUUUCUAUCUGUGCAACAGUUGGCUCUACAAUUUGCUAUAAACUCUCUGAUAACUUAGGAAAAGGCCUUGUAAUAAGAUGGUUUCCUAACGGAGUUGUUAAGCUUAAUAAAGCAAUAAGUGAGCAAAAAAGCGGUCUCUUUUUUUAUUUGCUAUUUUUAAGAAUAGUCCCACUGGUUCCAAAUUGAAUUUUAAAUUUGGCUUCUCCAAUUGUUGGAAUUCCAUUGAAAACCUUUAUAUUAGCAACGCUAUUUGGACUUGCUCCUCCGAAUUUUAUUCAUAUAUCAACAGGAAUGGCUUUAUCAUCAAUUGGAGAUACCGGAUUGAGCUCAUCGUCACUCACAGUUUUAAUUCUUUUGGGAAUUUUAAUCUUGAUUCCUCCAAUUCUCAUGAGGAAUAGGAAUAAAUAA